CGAGUGGCCAGAGUUGCUUGGAAAGGAAGGAACAAUAGCCAAGACCCUAAUUGAAAGUGAAAAUCCUGAAUUGACGGUUGUGAUUAAGGCAACAGAUUCUACCAUUGCAGUUACUGAUUUCUGUUGCAACCGUGUUUUAAUCUAUGUUAAUCCUGGGGGUAGUGUUGAUCUUCCACACCCCCGUGUUGGAUAAUGGGAUUAUGCAAGUUGUUAUAUGCUCAAUAAAAAUCGUCAAUAAAAUUUCUUGAUUUUCAAGUAUGUAUUGUGUAAUGGAGUAAUUUUAUUUAUUUAUUUAUUUUAAUUUAAUUACAUUAAGCUAUUACUUUUUUUUUUAGCCUUAAUUUGGGCUAGUUAGAAUAUAAUGUGAUUUAAGUGUUGGGCUUUUGAUUAUCAUUAUCGAAUACAGCCCAUGAAUCUUAUACGUUAUAACCAUUUAGGUCGGUGUAUCUUUUACAAGAAACCCACAUUAGAAUUCUUAACGAACACUAUAAUAACAAAGAUUUUAUUCCCUUAAAUAAAAAUAUUCUUGUUAACAUUUUCUGACACAUCAUAUAAUAUUUACCGACUUUCUCUCUCCUCAUUAUCUUUCUCCUCACAUUCUAUAAAUACACAGCUUAUAUUAUUCUAAAAUUCAGUGAACACCCGCAUGAUAUAAUUAAACCCACAAUAACACUUCAAUCAAUAACAAUGGAGGAAUACCUGGAUGAUCUUAGAAUAGAAGAUCAAACCCUAAAUUUUCCCGAAGAUUUCAUAGUCGAGCCAAUAGUGAUGAAGAAGAAAACCGGAAAGCAGAAGAUUGAAAUUAAGCCUAUAAUAAACAAAACAAGCAAACAAGUUACGUUUACGAAACGGCGAGGCGGGCUCUUUAAGAAGGCUAGUGAGUUAUGCUCCUUAUGUGGUUCCGAGGUUGCCGUCAUCACUUUCUCCGGUGCUGGGAAGCUCUUCUCGUUCGGUCACCCGAACGCGGAUGCAGUUGUUAGUCGGUAUAUUAAUUAUACAAGAGGCGUCGAAAAUAAUGAUAAUAAUAUAAUAAAUGGUGGUAAUGGAAACGAGUUUGGUACGGGUGUACUUUCUGAGCAGUACAAGAGGGUUUUGACUAAUAUUGAGGUUGAGAAAAAAAGGAGUGAUCAUGUUAUUGGUUCAUCAUCGUCGUCCAAUGGGAGUAGUCCACGUGGUGAUAGUAGCGAGUUCGGGUUUUGGUGGGAUAAGCCGAUUGAUAAUUUAGGGCUUUCGGAGCUUGAACAAUUGAAGGUUUCACUUGAGGGUUUACGUGAUCAAGUUUCUUCUAGGGUUAAUUCGAUUAAUAAUAAUAAUAAUUGUUCUUCCAAUUCGACUAAUCAAGAAGUCGUUGAUCAGAAGGAAAUUGUUUAUCCGUCGUCGUUGUUGCCGGUAAACGAUUUUUCGAAUUGCUUUUGA